AUGGACGACUAUACAGACUGGCCGUCCCCGACGGCUGCACAGCGUCCUAAGUCUAAGUUCUCGUAUAAGGACUUGCUGCAGAUGGCAAAGUACAAUGUCAAUUCACCGUUACGAGUCAUUGCUCAUAUAGACCUAGACGCGUUUUAUGCACAAUGUGAGAUGGUUCGUCUCGGUGUUCCCGAAGACCAACCUCUCGCCGUACAGCAGUGGGAUGCGGUCAAUUACCCUGCCCGCUCCUUCGGAAUAACCAGAAUGCGGAACGUCGCCGACGCAAAACGUAAAUGUCCAACUCUCAUGGCCGUCCAUGUCGCCACCUGGCGGGUCCAGAAUGAUACGGCGGUAAUGGGGUACCAUGACAUGACAAAUGCAUCUAUAUCAACCGACAAAGUUUCAUUGGAUCAUUAUAGACGAGAAUCAAAGAAGAUUUUAGCGAUAUUUAGGGAAGGGUGUCCAAAGGUUGAGAAGGCUAGUGUCGAUGAAAGUUUUCUGGAUCUGUCAGGGCUGGUGUUUGGGAAAUUGCUAGAGAGGUUUGAGGAAGAACUCGGGGUGGUGGAUGGGGAAAUUGUUCCACCGUAUGGUGAUACAACCGAGAGAUUGAGGAUGCCCGAGGUAGCGGGUGUGGAGUGGGGGAAUAGUCAUUUGGUAGACCUAGACGAUGGCGAGGAAGGAGAAGAGGAACCUAUAGAUUGGGAUGAUAUCAUCAUGGGAAUUGCUGCGGAAAUUGUAGCGGAUAUUCGAGGUGAAGUCCGGAGAAGACUUGGUUAUACAUGCUCAGCAGGCAUCUCCCGUAACAAAAUGCUCGCCAAACUCGGCAGCGGUUACAAGAAACCCAACCAGCAAACCAUAGUCCGCAACCGCGCGGUAACUCACUUCCUCUCCUCCAUGAAAUUCACCAGUAUCCGUAACCUAGGUGGUAAACUCGGCUCAGAAGUCGCAACCGCCUUCGGCACUGAAAAUGUUUCCGAAGUUCUAUCCGUCCCCCUCGAAACUUUUAAAGCCAAAUUAGGCGAUGACACAGGCACUUGGCUUUAUAAAACUAUCAGAGGGAUCGAUACUACCGAGGUCUUAACAAGAACUGAUAUAAAAAGUAUGCUCAGUGCCAAGAGUUUUACUCCCGCGAUAACAAGAUAUCAGCAAGGUGAAAACUGGUUGAAAGUGUUCUGUGCGGAUAUUGUGAGCAGGGUUAACGAAGAGGCGGACGAACCGGUCGAGUACUCGCCAUCACACGAUGGUAACGCGGCCUUGGGAAGCCAACCGGUAUCAUUACGAAGACCUAGAACUAUGACCUUACAUCAUAGAUCCGGGAAGAUUACAAAAUCACGACAGGCGGGUAUUCCAGUUGGAAAAGUAUUUGAUGAAGAGCUAUUACUACCCAUUGCGAGGAAUCUAUUGAAGCAGAUCGAGCAAGAAGGGAGAUGUUGGCCUUGUGGGAACCUAUCAUUAAGUGUAGGUGGGUUUGAUGAUAUUGGGAGGGGAUCGAAUAGGGGCAUCGGUGGAUGGUUAGUCAAAGGGGAGGAAGCUAAGGCUUUAAAAGAGGAGAGUUUAAAGAGGAGAUCAUUGGCGAUUGAAGAAGGGAGAGUGGAGACUACCAAGAAAAGAAAAGUUGGAAUUGAUACUUUUUUUAGCCGGGGAAGAGCUGGCGAGGAGGUAUAUGACAGGGAUAUAGUAUUUGAUGAUAAAGAAGACAUAGAAAUCGACGAUGGAUUCUUCCAUUCCGAUGAAAACGAAAAGGAAGACAUGGGAUUCGACCUCGAUGUAGAAAACGAUCUAUAUGGCGACCCAUCAACGGAUUUCCUGCUGGAAACCCACCACUCCAGCGACCCUACUACUACUACCCAUCAUAAAUAUCUCAACAGAAAUGCCCCUCCGCCAUCCACAAUACGUACCAGCUCCUCAGUCCGUACCCGAUUCUUUUCAAAAGAGAAUACUCCAACAACCCCAACAACAACAGACCUCACAAAAUCCACAAAAUCACAGCAUAUGGAAGAAGAAACAGCAUUCCCUUGCUCAAGAUGUAACAAUAAACUCAUCCCACUCGACAAAUUAGACGAACACUCAGACUGGCAUUUCGCAAAGGAUCUACUGCAAGAAGAUAGGAUGAUUAGACCGGCUAGUUCGAAUAAUGCACUAUCAUCUACUACAACCGCGUCCACAUCGAAUACUGGUAAAAACGGAAAGAAAGAUGAAAAACAAGAAUCAAGUUCGCAGACGGUCAUACCGGUUAAAAGGGGGAGGGGUAGACCACCGAAACAUGCUAUUGUGCACGUACAAGGAGAUAAUGGCCCGGUGCUGGAAAAAGGGCAGAAGAAAUUGGCGUUUGGAAGGGGGUGA